UUAGCCUGAGCUGUGAGAAGAAAUAUCGGGAUCCGCUCGUCAAACGAAACGCCUCGACAGCCUCCCGGAGACUCAAAAGAAACUAUGGGAAAAGGUGGAGGCACAUUUGAGAGGCUUCUCGAUAAAGCCACCAGUCAGCUGCUGCUGGAAACCGACUGGGAAUCGAUUCUCCAGAUCUGUGAUCUCAUUCGACAAGGAGACACACAAGCCAAACAUGCUAUUGGGUGCAUUAAGAGGAAGCUGAAUGAUAAAAAUCCCCAUGUGGCUCUCUAUGCACUUGAGGUCCUGGAGUCAGUGGUGAAGAACUGUGGGCAGACGGUGCAUGAUGAAGUUGCAAGUAAACAAACGAUGGAGGAGCUGAAGGAGCUUCUUAAGAAGCAGACAGAACCAAAUGUCAGAAACAAGAUUUUGUACCUGAUUCAAGCCUGGGCUCACGCCUUCCGCAAUGAACCCAAAUACAAGGUGGUUCAAGACACAUAUCAGAUCAUGAAAGUGGAAGGUCAUGUUUUCCCUGAGUUUAAGGAGAGCGAUGCCAUGUUUGCAGCAGAGAGAGCCCCAGACUGGGUUGAUGCUGAGGAUUGCCACAGGUGCAGAGUUCAGUUUGGAGUUAUGACAAGAAAGCACCAUUGUCGAGCUUGUGGCCAAAUUUUCUGUGGGAAGUGCUCAUCUAAGUACUCAACCAUUCCAAAGUUUGGGAUUGAGAAGGAAGUGCGCGUGUGCGAGCCCUGCUUUGAGCAGCUGAACAACCACCCCUCCCUCUCUCCUCAACUUAGGAAAACUGAAGGGAAAGCUCCUGCUACAGGCCCCUCUGAGCUGCCACCUGAGUACCUGACCAGCCCGCUGUCCCAGCAGUCACAGAUGCCCCCCAAGAGAGAUGAGGCAGCUUUGCAGGAGGAGGAGGAGCUYCAGCUGGCCAUCGCUCUGUCCCAAAGCGAGGCAGAGGAGAAAGAGCGGAUGCGACAGAAGAACUUUUACUCAGUGUAUCCCAAAGCUGAUCCCACCCCGGUGACUUCUUCAGCCCCACCUGUCAGCACCCUUUACACUUCUCCUGUGAACUCCUCUGCUCCAUCUGCUGAAGAUGUAGACCCCGAGCUGGCCCGCUACCUGAACAGAACAUACUGGGAGAAGAAACAAGAAGAGGCUCGGAAGAGUCCCACCCCCUCAGCCCCAGCCCCCGUUUCAUUGGCUGAACCCCUCCCAGCAAUCAGCCAACCGGUGGAAACUCAUGUCCCAGUUCAACCCGUCAGCGUAGUGGAGCAGCAGUACCAGAACGGUGAGUCCGAGGAGAACCACGAGCAGUUUCUGAAGGCUCUGCAGAACGCCGUCACCACCUUCCUUAACCGCAUGAAGAGCAACCACAUGCGUGGGCGCAGCAUCACCAACGACAGCGCGGUGCUCUCGCUCUUCCAGUCCAUCAACAACAUGCAUCCACAGCUGCUGGAUAUCCUCAACCAGCUGGAUGAAAAGCGAUUGUACUACGAGGGCCUGCAGGACAAGCUGGCUCAGGUGCGCGAUGCUCGAGCUGCCCUCAACGCGCUUCGAGACGAGCACAGAGAGAAGCUGCGCAGAGCUGCGGAGGAGGCUGAGAGACAACGGCAGAUCCAGCUGGCACAGAAGCUGGAGAUCAUGAGGCAGAAGAAGCAGGAAUACCUGGAGAUGCAGAGACAGCUGGCCAUUCAGCGCCUGCAGGAGCAGGAGAAGGAGAGGCAGAUGCGCUUGGAGCAGCAGAAGCACACCAUCCAAAUGAGAGCGCAGAUGCCUGCUUUCCCUUUGCCCUAUGCCCAGAUGCAGUCUUUGCCUCCUAAUGUUGCUGGAGGGGUGGUAUACCAGCCUGGUGCUCCACCCAGCUACCCAGGAACCUUCAGUCCUGCUGGUUCUGUGGAGGGUUCUCCUAUGCACAACAUGUACAUGAAUCAGCCUGGGCAGACCGCACCAGGACCGUACCAGGCUAUGCCCGGUGCUGCCACAGAUCCUAACAUGGUUAAUGCAUACAUGUACCAGGCUGCAGGCACCAAUGGACAGCCUCCUCCAGGACAGGCCCCGCCCACUACUACUCCCCCCUACUCCAAUUAUCAGCCCACGCCCACGCAGCCGUACCAGAACGUGGCUUCUCAGGCACAAAGUUUGCCCCAGAUGUCGCAGGCUGCCCCCGCCAACGGUGUGGCCUACAUGAGUUACCAACCGUACACCAUGCAGAACAUGAUUUCAGCGUUACCCGGACAGGAUCCCAACAUGCCCCCCCAACAGCCCUACAUGCCAGGCCAGCCGCCCAUGUAUCAGCAGGCUGCCCCCCCUGGUGGUCCUGCGCAGCAACAACAGCCUCCGCAGCAGCAACAACAGCAGGCGCCUCAAGCUGUGCCCAGCCACACGGAGGCGCAGCUCAUCUCCUUCGACUGAAAGGCUCGGAGCUGCAGUUUUACACACUACACCUUCUUUCCACCUUUUCCCUCUCCUGAAACCUAAGGAUACAUUUUGGAAACACACACACACACACACACACACAAACGCCCACCUUCCACCUCGCUGUGAUGUUGUGGCAAAGUAAAAUAUUGUGAUGAUGUUGCAGAACUGUAGCUCUCCUUGCCUCGCCCCUCUGAAGUGUGGGAGUAGGGAAACAAAGCUGCUGUGGAGAUCACCAUAACCCAAACCUCUGUCCCUCCUCUUCCAUCUUUCAGCUGAUGUGCGUGUAGUAUUUCCUAAUGAAAAUAAAUAAUUCAAGUGCAGAAAAUGCCAGUGGUAAGAAAAUAUUCUAUUUAGGAGAUAAAGAAAACACAACCAUCGUUUGUUUCAUAUUUUUCUAAAGCUGAAUUAGCACGUUGAGUCGAGAUGACUUUCAGGGAUGGAAGUGAAACGUUGCGACUCGUUCUGACAGUCUGGGCAGUGAUUGAGAAACGUGUGUGUGUUUAAUUGGUUGACAGGUUUCUUAAAACUAGUGAAGGUUGAACUGGAGACCAUGACAAGUGCUCUAACUUCAAAUGUCCAUCUAACUCACAGCUCAACAUUCCAGUUGCAGUUCUCCGGUCAUCCCUCUCACGGACUUUGGGCGUCUUGUUUUGGCAUUUAUUUGUUGUGUGCUGCUUGGACUGUUGGGUGUCUUAAUGUAGUUUUUGAGGUGAUGAGCCAAGUUGCAGAGGUUGUACGCUGUAGGUGAAGUGUUUGAAAAUUCACGGGAUAGCUUUCUAAUUCUUAUAGAAAAAUUUGUGCAUAAAAAUAAUUUAAAUUAACAACUAGCAACUAUAAAAAAGCUAAAAUCAGCCAGGUAUAGCAUCAUGCGUCUUUAAAGUGUAUUAUGUUGCCAUUUAAAGAUCUAAUGUAAAGAAGACGCAAGCCUCAGAAAAAGUCUGUAAUAACCAUUUAAUUGCCUUCAGGGGCCAAAAUUUGCAUUAUUUGGUUGUAAUUGUUACAUUUAACAAAGGUGCAUAGAAAGUACAUCUGGGAACUCUUAAGUGUAAUUGACUAUUUAGAAAUGUGGAAAUGCUUUCAGAGUGAAUAUGAUGUCCUGCAUGUAUGUAUCACACUUUUAGUGACUCUGUAACUCUUCUUUAUUUCAUCUUACUGAUCUGUCUGACUAAAGUAAUUUUAAAAUUAUAUUUAAUAAAUAUCAGGUUCUUAUUGCCCACUC